GUUACUGUCUGUGUGAGUCGCGGUGAUGUCGGAGGCUCCGGGUCCGGACUCGUCCCCGGACGCUGUGUUCAGCGGCCGGUUCCCGCUGCACCGGGCCUGUCGGGACGGGGACGUGCGGGCCGUGGAGGCGCUGCUGCCGGCCGCUAGUCUGGAGGAGGACUCCCGCUACGGAUGGAGCGCCUUACACUGGGCCGCCCACUACGGACAGCUGGAGUGCGUGGUGCGGCUGGUGCAGGCGGGCUGCGAGGUGAACACGGUGACCAGCCGCUUCAACCAGACGCCAACGCACACCGCGGCCUUCGGAGGACAUCCUCACUGCGUGGUGUGGCUGACCCAGGCCGGGGCCGACGUCAACAGCCAGGACUUUGUAGGCGAGACUCCCAUCCACAAGGCGGCCCGCUCCGGGAGCCUGGAGUGCAUCCAGGUUCUGCUGCUAGCCGACGCUAAACCACAUUUAAGGAACGCCAGUGGGCAGACGGCAGCAGACCUGGCCCACGCUCACGGCUUCCUCGACUGCUUCAGCUUGAUCUCCAAAACCAACCAGCAGCAGCUCGGCGGCCUCGGCGGGAACGGGGCGCCCAACGGAGACGGCGCCCCGUGUGGCGAGGGGCUGCUCGGCAGGAAGAGGCUGCUGGCCGCCGCCGUGGACGCGGGCCUGAUGAAGAAAGCCCGGGGAGCUGACGAUGGAGGUGAGGAGCUGGAGAGCAUGAACGCCGAGUCUUCACAGGAUCUCGUCUCAGACGCCGUCCUCGCCGGCUCACCCGAAAGCCUCUCGCCGCCCUCCCCUCCCGCCGGCAAGCAGGCCGCCUCGGCGCCCGCUCAGCGCUCGUCCGCCGACAUGUGCGGCUCGCUGCAUCUGAGCGGCAGCCCCAGCAGCUGCGUGUCCCACCGCCCGGCCUGGUGGGGACAGAUGGGAGCGGACUGCAGGGACUUCCUGCGUUACGGACACUACCACGGCUUCGGAGACACGGCCGAGGAGCUGAGUGACGGCAGCUGCCCGGACGCCGGCGGCGGCGGAGGCAUCCACCUCUACCAGGACUCGUAAAGACGGUCUCUACUACUACGGACAUCCAGGACACGUUCAACCUCAUUUUAAUAACAGAAUGCUGACUCAGUGUCCAGCAUCUCAGGGACAGUCUCCACACCUGAUACCAAAGAUAACCCCCCGUCCCCGUCAUCUAAAUUCACCAAGAGAAAGAAAUGUUCCCCCCCAAAAAAACUCAAACUGAAUUGGAAAUUGCAAAUACAGAUGUUGUAGUUCAGAAGCAGUCCCACAGACCAGCAUGCACCACUGCCCGUAGUUUAAACUGCUUUGUCCCUGGCUCAGUGUCUCAUGGUCCUGUCCUCACAGUGGGGUUGCCAGGUGUCCAUACUGUCAGAAACUGAAGGUAACCCAGGCGACUCUUAACUGACGACCAAGCUCAUUUUUAAUAGCCAUUUUUCACCUUUUUUUAAUAGAUACACCGAUAUAUAUAUUUUCGUGUUUUGUGCUAAGCUAGGCUAGGCUAAACACAGUCCAGAGAUAGAGUAUCUGUGUACUUAAAAACACAGAAAUAAAAAAGGGAUCUGACCAAUCAGAGAGCUUCAAACAGGCCCACGUGUCCCCCCCCCUUCAUCCUCACUGACGUCCACAUAGUUUUGUCCGAUUGCAUUUCUGUAGUCACAACAUGGGUCUCUCUCUCUCUCUCUCUCUAAAUGUGCCGUCCUCCACCAAGCAAAGGGAACAUGUUCAUGCUGUGUUUGUGUGUUUUUGUAGCUUUUAUAUUGAAAAUGAUUGAUUAUUUAUGUAGUAGAGCAGAAGAAUGUACUUACUGUCUUGUCUUUUUAUAAAAACUGUAUGCUUUUUUUUUUGGGGUGAAUCUUUUUGGACAUUUUUUGUAAACACCACGCCGGGCUCUGCUGCUCCUGAUGAAUGCUUUUAUACUGGUUCUGGUUCGCUAUUAA